AUGACAAAAGCAGUACCUUAUUAUUAUCAGCCAAAUAAUGCAGAUGAUUCAAAUAGAAAGACUUUGCUUGCCCAGACAAUAGCUCGAUGUUUGGAUGUUCCUUUUGCUAUUUGCGAUUGUACUACUCUUACACAAGCAGGCUAUGUUGGAGAAGAUAUAGAGAGUGUGAUAGCAAAAUUGCUUCAAGAUGCUAAUUUCAGCGUUGAACGUGCUCAGACAGGAAUAGUGUUUUUGGAUGAAGUUGAUAAGAUUGGGGCAGUGCCCGGAAUUCAUCAGUUACGAGAUGUUGGAGGGGAAGGUGUUCAGCAAGGGAUGUUGAAAAUGUUAGAAGGAACUGUUGUGAAUGUUCCGGAAAGAAACUCACCAAGAAAGUUGCGUGGUGAAACUGUUCAAGUUGAUACGACUAAUAUUUUAUUCGUAGCAUCUGGUGCAUUUACAGGUCUUGAUAAACUAAUUGCCCGAAGACACAAUGAAAAAUAUCUUGGGUUUGGGUGCCCACCUGCUACAUCACAGGGACGUAGAGCUGCACAAAAAGUUGGGGAAGGCAUCGAUGAAGAUAUGGCUGAGAGAGAUGCUAGUUUAAAACGUGUUCAAGCUAGAGAUUUGGUGGAGUUUGGUAUGAUACCGGAGUUUGUGGGAAGAUUUCCUGUUCUUGUUCCAUUCCAUAGUCUAGAUACAAGUAUGUUAGUGAGAAUUCUAACAGAACCAAAAAAUGCAUUGGUUCCUCAAUACAGAGCUUUACUGGCUAUGGAUAGGUGUGAGUUGAGCUUCAGCAACUCUGCUCUGCAAGCAAUUGCAAGUCAAGCGAUGGAGAGACAAACUGGUGCAAGAGGAUUACGAGCAAUAAUGGAGUCAUUAUUGCUUGAACCGAUGUUUGAAAUUCCUGGCAGUGAUGUAAAUAGUGUUCAUAUAACAGAACAAUGUGUCCAAGGAUCUGAAAAACCCAAAUACGAGCGCAAACCAGCUCAAACUAAUCAAAAUCAAAAAACGACACCACCACAUCGCGAGGCAGAGGAUACAAGACCUACAUCAGUAAGAGUGCAACAGUGACCGCUGCACAUAUUUUAAAAUUUGAACGACUUAAUAAUUACUGCCUUCGGUGGUUAGAUGCAAAUAUAUUUUGACAUAUUUACAGACUUGUAAAUAAAAUAGAAUUUAUUUUUUAUUAUUUUACAAAUAUGGCAAUAUCUAAAUAAGUUUUCAUGUUAUAAUUUUGUAAAUAAUAUUUAGAAUGAUUUAGGUAUAAAUAAUUUAUGAAAAAUAUUCAUAAUUUAGAAUAACAACUGUAUGUAACUAUAAAGAAUGGGAUAAACAACAUU